GAGACGAGUUUGCGCGAACUGUGUUCUCGAAGCUCGGAGCUAAACCUGGGGUCCCACUAAUACUAGCUGUAUCCCGAUGAGUUUGUAUGUUCCGAUGGGGUUCAGCAGUUCAACACAACGACCGCAACAGUCCUCCACAAGGAGGAAUGCCAGCUCCUGAACAGAAUCCAGUGUCAGAGGAGGGACUUCUGCUGCCACUCAGAGAGGGCCUGCCCGCCCAUGGUAUGGAGUCUGACAGCACUGCCACGAACAUCUUGGCUUCUGUCAAAGAGCAGGAGCUCCAGUUUGAACGUCUCACCAGAGAGCUGGAGGAAGAGCGACAGAUUGUGGCCAAUCAGCUGGAACGAUGCAGACUGGAGGCGGGAUCGCCGGGCGCUGCCAGUGGCAGCUCUUCUGAGAAGUCUCUUCCCUGGAGAUCAACAGACGCCUCAGGCUCUGCCGAUGCCAAAUCAGGGGUAGCGGACAGUUCCCAGUCGCCUACCUUCCGUUUAAGGAGUGAAGGAGAGCACCUGUCUCUCUAUUCGACGGAACAGACCUCUCUCCAUGAAAGGUCCACAGGAAACUCGUGCAGUUCCACCCAGAUGAACUCCUACUCAGACAGCGGCUACCAGGAUGCCGGCAGCUACUACAGCAGCCAAAACGUGGUCAAAUCUGAGCUGAGGCUCCAACACUCGUACCCGGGCACCGGGGCUAGCAGCACGCUCAUGAGGAACACCAGGGCUGAGGGCCAGGCGUCUUCCCAGGCUUUGGGAAAUGGCGGUCCCGUGCCAGGGCGCGCCAUGAGACGAGUCAGCUCGGUUCCAUCUCGGACUCAGUCUCCUGCCUACGGAAGCACCGCCUCCCCUUCCCGGGGUUCCCUUCGGACUACCGCGGGCAGCGCUUAUGGGUCGCCCAUAGUCACGGAGCCCAAGCCUCUCUCCAGCAUCUUCUCCAACACCACACUGCCCUCCGCCCAACGCUCUGGCUCCCCCUACUCCACCCAGAGGAACUCACCGGCCUCCUUGAGACGGAUGGGAUCCGCCAACUCCCGUUCGGGCAGCGCCAGCCGCACCACCUCCCCCUACCAGCCCGGCUCCGCCCGCAUGGGUUCUCCGCUGACCAUGGCGGAAGGCCAGGUGGGUUCCGGCACAUCGCCGGUUCGGUCCGGCAUGUCGGCCGUGCCUCAGCACUACGGUUCCACGCUACCGAGGACGACGCUUUUGCACGACGCGUCUGACCCGUACAGUACGCAUAGCUACGACAUUUAUGAAAGGAUGAUCCCGCGGCCAGACAGCCUUGCAGGCAUUCGUAGCUCUUACGCCAGUCAACACAGUCAAAUGGGACAGGAUCUCAGAGCGGCCAUGUCACCAGACCGUCACAUAGCUCCCAUCUACGAGGACCGCACCUACCAAGGCCCCCUGUACCGAAGUCCAAACCACGCCACAAUCGACCUCAAGCACGGCUCUCAGAGCGCCCUCUACAGGUCCUCCUCAGGCGUCGGGAACCUCCACCGAACGUCGAGCCAACGGAGCACAAUGACGUACCAAAGAAGCAACUACGCCCUGAGUUCCGCAGCCACCUACGCCGAACCUUACCGCUCCGCCCAGUACCGGCCGGGGGACGCCGGCUACGGCCGACAGGCGGUCGCCCUGGACGACGGCGCGCCGCGCUCCCCCUCCAUAGACAGCAUACAGAAAGAUCCGAGGGAGUUUGCCUGGCGUGACCCGGAGCUUCCAGAGGUCAUCCACAUGCUGCAGCACCAGUUCCCUUCGGUGCAGGCCAAUGCCGCAGCCUACCUGCAGCACCUGUGCUUCGGUGAUAACCGUAUCAAGGCAGAGGUGUGUCGUCUCGGAGGAAUCAAACAUCUCGUGGACCUUUUGGACCAUAAAGUCGUUGAAGUUCAGAGGAACGCGUGUGGAGCCCUUCGGAAUCUGGUUUAUGGCAAAGCCACGGACGACAACAAGAUCGCCGUGAGGAACGCCGGAGGGAUUCCAGCUCUGCUCCGACUACUGAGGAAGACAGUGGAUGCGGAAGUGAGGGAGAUCAUCACAGGGGUGUUGUGGAACUUGUCGUCAUGUGAUGCUGUAAAAAUGACAAUCAUUCGGGAUGCCUUAAGCACUCUGACCAACACUGUGGUAAUUCCUCACUCUGGCUGGAGCAGCUCCAAUUUUGAUGAUGAGCACAAACUCAAAUUCCACUCCUCUCUGGUCCUACGUAACACCACCGGCUGCCUCAGGAACCUGAGCUCAGCAGGAGAGGAGGCACGGAAACAGAUGCGUUGUUGUGAGGGGCUGGUGGACUCACUGCUCUACGUCAUCAAAGCCUGCGUCAGCACCUCGGACUUUGACAGCAAGAUUGUGGAGAACUGUAUUUGCACUCUGAGAAAUCUGUCGUAUCGGUUGGAGUUGGAGAUGCCUCCGACCCGGUUGACGGGAACCCAGGAGCUGGAUGGUCUUUUGGCCACGGAGUCGCCCAGUAAAGACGCGGACUACAGCUGCUGGGGACGGAAGAAAAAAAAGAAGAAACGGAACGCGCUGGAAGACCAAUGGGACGGCGUGGGGCCCAUCCCUGGUUUUUCAAAGUCUCCCAAAGGGGCGGAGAUGCUUUGGCAUCCGUCUGUGGUGAAGCCCUACCUCACCCUGCUCGCGGAGAGCUCCAACCCGGCGACCCUGGAGGGUUCGGCUGGGUCGCUGCAGAACCUCUCUGCAGGCAACUGGAAGUUUGCGGCGUAUAUCCGUGCGGCGGUACGGAAGGAGAAAGGUCUGCCCAUCCUGGUGGAGCUGCUGAGGAUGGAUAACGACCGGGUGGUGUGUUCAGUGGCCACAGCUCUCCGAAACAUGGCACUGGACGUUAGGAACAAAGAGCUUAUUGGGAAGUACGCCAUGAGGGACCUGGUGAACCGCCUGCCGGGGGGGAGCACCACGCUCCUGUCGGACGAGACGGUGGCCGCCAUCUGCUGCACGCUGCACGAGGUCACCAGCAAAAACAUGGAGAACGCCAAAGCCCUCGCCGACACGGGCGGCAUCGAGAAACUCGUCAACAUCACCAAGGGCCGCGGAGACAGAUACUCUUUGAAGGUGGUGAAAGCCGCAGCCCAGGUACUGAACACACUGUGGCAGUACAGAGACCUACGCACCAUCUAUAAGAAGGAUGGCUGGACACAAAACCACUUUCUGACUCCUGUGUCCACGCUGGAGAGAGAUCGUUUUAAAUCCCAGCCCACCCUCCCCAGUGGGACCUUGCAAAUGUCACCUGUCAAUCAAACCGCUGCGAGCGUGACGUCCUCUCCUGCUAUGCUGGGAAUAAAAGAACAGCGCCCCGAUUACCAGAGGACUCAGUCAUCUAUGCAAUUUUAUAACUACCAAGGAGACAACAAUGUCCAUAAAAACCAGUACACAGGGUCUACAAAAACAUCGCCGUUUUUUAUCGGGUCCUAUUCCUCACCUUCGAGAGAGGAGUCCAGGCGAACACAGCAGGUUUACUAUGCCGACGAGACGGGCAGGAGGAACUACGACACGUACAGGAUGUACCUGCAGUCCCCCCACGGUUACGACGACCCCUACAUGGAGGACGCCGUCCACUUCUCGUCCAACGUGGACUACCCUUCGCAGACGCACGGACUCAAAAGCACCACCAACUACGUGGACUUCUACUCCACCACGCGUAGGCCCUCCUACCGGGCCGAGCAGUACCCAGGCUCGCCGGACUCCUGGGUAUAGGGUCACCUGCUCGUGGAGAGAAACCUAAAACCUCCACAAAAAAUUUUCAUUCGUUUGUUUUGUUUUUGUUUUGUUUUUUUUUCCUUUCGUUUUUUGUUUUUGCUUUUUUUUUAAACAAAGAAAAGUUCCGGAAUGUUUGGGACAGACGGAUGAAUUGGAAUGUUGAGCCAAAGAAGGAAUGCAAAGGAAUGUGUCUUUAAUCUGAAAGGAACGGUGAUGCACUGCGGCUGUUGUAGCAUGAACGUACUGGAAAAAACAGUCAGUGGAGCAGCUCUCUGCUCGGUGUAGAUGUUAGUUUCGUUUUUUUUAUUUUGGUUUUGUUUUGUUUCGUUUUUUUUCUAUUUGGAAAGAGUUUAGGUAAGAUAGCACAGAGAAGGUGUGAGUGAUGUGAAGAAAGGUUUACGUUAGAGAAUUCAGGUCAGAGAACGAGCAAGUCAACAGAACCGAUCAUGAGUUUGUAUCUAUA